AUGGAAAUUGGCGUUAUUCCACCAAUCAUACACUACGAAACACCGCGAAAGGAACUUACUCCUAUAAUUGAAGGUAGAAUAAAGGUCGUCACUGAACCUAUUUCAUGGAACGGCGGUUAUAUCGGCAUUAGUUCUUUCGGAUUUGGUGGUGGAAACUGUCACAUAUUGCUGAAAUCAAAUCCCAAAAACAAAAUCAACAUUGAAACAUCAGACGGUUUAUGUAGACUUGUAACGGUAUCUGGUCGUACGGAGGAGGCUGUUAAAACUUUAUUAGAUGAUGUGAAUAGCCGACAGCUAGAUGUGGAAUAUGUGGCUCUUCUGCAUAGCAUUCAUACUGUAGAUAUUGAGGGCCAUCCGUACAGAGGAUAUACCUUAGCUGGAUCUAAAGCUGUUUAUAACAAAAUAAGACAAGUUGAAAACUACCCAUACUUAAAAAGACCAAUUUGCUUUCUGUUCUCGGGAACAGAAAUUGAAUGGCAUAACGUAGAACUGAUGAAACUACCUGUGUUUGCCAAGGCAAUUGAGAAAUGUAAUGAAACAUUAAAGCAGCAUGAUAUAUGCGUCACGGAUAUUAUAAUGAAUGGGAACAAAACUACUUUCAACAGCAUAAAAAAUUCGUGCGUCGCAACCAUUGCCACACAGAUUGGAAUAGUGGAUCUCUUGACACACAUUGGUGUCCUGCCCGAUUAUACGAUAGGUCACUCCAUUGGUGAACUUAUCUGUGAAUACGUUGAUGGACGUUUUACUACCGAGGAAACAAUUUUGGCGGCGUAUUAUAUAGGCACGGCAUUUGAGCAGGCCAAGUUGCAGGUUGGUGACAUUACUGAGAAUCGAUCCAAGUACCUUGGGAUUGUUAGAUCAAAACUGUUGGAAUAUUUCAGCCAGAUAUUACCAUCGCAACUUUCAAAACGCCACAAUGUAACACAAUCGGGCAGGCCACGUAGUGAACGCGACAUGUCCGAAACUGCUGCAGAAUAUUACGCGGAUAGUAUACUAUAUCCAAUAUUAUCAAAAAAAAUGGCAGCUUUCUUACCGAAAGAUACGAUAUUCGUCGAUAUACUAUCAACAGUGCCGUACAAUGAUUUUCAGUCGUCCAUAGCAAAUUCGCUGGAGUCAACGAUGACGUUGAUUUCACUGUAUAAACGCGGCCAGAAGCAUACUAUACAAGAUUUUUUAGAAGGAAUCGGAGACCUUUAUAAUGUAGGACUUCAGCCACAGGUUGCACAUUUGUAUGCACCAGUUCAAUUUCCUGUUAGUCGCGGAACACCAAUGAUAUCUCCUCUCAUUAGAUGGGACCACUCUGAGGAUUAUUACUUAUUCCAUUAUAGAGGCGAAAAUAGAAUUUUGGACAAGGAAAGAGUCGUCACUAUUACAACCACUGACGAAGACUUUGAAUAUAUGUCUGGUCACAUAAUCGAUGGAAGAAAUUUGUUACCGGCUAUGGGUUACCUUUACGAAAUUUGGCAUACAAUUGGCUUGUUGAAAGGCGUUGAUCAUAGGAAUAUACCAAUUGUAUUUGAAAAUGUUAAAUUCCUACGUGCUACUCACUUAUCGAAAAAAGACAAAGUGGAAUUAACUCUUGUGAUCCAAGAAUGCAGUAAUAAUUUCGAAAUUAUAGAAGGAGGCAAUGUUAUCGUCAGUGGAAUCGUGAGGGUGCCUGACGAUGUUGCGAAUGAGAAAAUACCUAUCCAGUUUCUAUCUAAAGAUGACAAUGCUGAAGAGUGCAUGAACACUUCAGAUAUUUACAAGGAACUACGACUUCGGGGCUAUCAGUAUAUAGACUUGUUUCGCUCAUUGAAGAGCGCCUCAAUUAAUGGGAGCGUAGGGCAUAUCAAGUGGUCGACGAAAUGGGUGUCGUUCAUGGAUAAUAUGCUACAAAUGAAAAUUCUGUCGCUCGAUUCGAGAAAUCUUUACGUACCGACUCAAAUUCGCAAAUUAGUAAUCGAUCCCGAACAUCAUAUGACGCUGAUACGUAAACUCUCAAUGGAGGAAAGAUACGUACCUGUACACGUUUAUGAUUCUUUCGAAGCUAUUGUAUCCGGAGGAAUAGAAAUUUGUGGACUAAAGUCCAUGGUCAUAUCCCGCCGGCCAGCACAAGUUGAACCUGUACACGAGGAAUACAAGUUCAUUGCUUACCGCGAUCAUACCACGAUCUCCUUGGAAGAUGCAGUGCAAUUAUCGGUACAUGUUGCUCUUGAAUGUUACGAUUUGAAAAACGUCAAAGUAGUUGAGAUCGUUGAGGACGACGACAAGAUUCUGCUGGAGGAUUUAGUUACUCCAAUCGUUCACAUGGUUCUAAGCAACUUGCCAUUAGUGCGACCUAAUCUCACCUUAAUUGCAAAGGAGAACAGAUUUGACAGCUCCUCCUUACCUCAAGAUCUAUCAGUCAUACAGCCUCACAAAAUAUUGAAUGGCGAUACGUUCUUAAUGGUCAUUGGCGUCGGGAUAUUGACGAAAGGUGCACGCACCUUAUUAUCCAAUAUAAUGUCUGGUGGUUUUCUAUUUAUUCGAGAGGAUCUCAACGUCACGUAUGACAACGAGCUACUGCAACAGUACAAUUUAAAUAUCAUUUUGGAAAAACGCACAGAACGAGAGACAGUGCUGCUUUUGAGAAAGGCGGAAAACGCCAUAACGAGACGAGAAGUCAUACACAUAAACAAUUACGAAUUUUCAUGGAUCGAUAAGCUCAAAUCUGCGAUGGACGCGGACGACGGGGCGAAUUCAAGAAUAACACUCGUUGCUGAAGACGAUUCUGAUUGCGGUAUAUUAGGGUUUGUAAAUUGUUUGCGAAGGGAGCCAGGCGGCGAAUCAGUUAGAUGCGUCUUCAUCCAAGAUAAGGACGCGCCAAAAUUCUCCUUGCAAGAGCCUUUCUACAUGAAUCAGUUACGACUGGAUUUACCAAUUAAUGUUUUACGUCCCGGUAAUAUUUGGGGCUCUUACAGACAUUUAUCAUUACCGCCGCCGAAACUGGUACCUGUGCAAUGCGGUUACGUCGCUCAGGGGAUUCGGGGUGAUAUGAGCACAUUCCGCUGGGUCGAAGGACAGAUAUCUCCCAAAAUUAAGCGUGAAAAUGUUAUACAUACAAUUUACGCGACACUGAAUUUCAAAGAUGUUAUGAUAGCAACUGGCAAAAUGGCGUUGGAAUCCUUUCAAAUGAUUGGACGAGAUAUUGAUUCUUUCUUAGGCUUUGAGCUUGUUGGUUAUAAUGGGUCUAGACAGAGAAUGAUGGCAAUAUGUUCCGACAGAGGAAUAUCAAAUGUUCUAAUACAUGACCACGUUCUGUCUUGGGUUAUUCCCGAUGAAUGGACAUUCGAGGACGCUGCCACUGUUCCAUGUGUUUAUGCCACAAGCUGCUACGCUCUCUACGAGAAAGGAAAGAUGAAGAAAGGAGACAAAAUUCUCAUUCAUUCGGGCACCGGCGGCGUUGGUCAAGCGGCAAUCCACCUGGCACUUUACGAAGGAUGCGAAGUGUUUACGACAGUCGGGACUUUGGAGAAACGACAAUUCAUUAGAGAAACCUUCCCUUCGAUCUUUGACGAUCAUAUCGGCAAUUCUCGCGACAUAAGUUUCGAACAAAUGAUACUUGAGCAGACACACGGUCGAGGAGUAGAUAUUGUGUUAAAUUCUUUAGCUGAAGAGAAACUUCAAGCGUCUGUUCGAUGUUUGGCGAAAGGCGGACGAUUCUUAGAAAUAGGAAAAUAUGACUUGAUUGCCGAUAAUACCCUAGACAGAAAGAUUUUUGCAAAAGGCAUCAGUUUCCAUGCGAUUAUGUUAGACAAUAUAGUAAAUUCCACCACGGAAAAUAACGAAAUUGUAUAUAAAUAUAUGCUGCGAGGUCUGAAAAAUGGCUCGAUAAAACCACUUCCGAGGAAAGUGUUUGAAAGAACUGAAGUAGAAGCUGCCUUUAGAUACAUGGCAGCUGGUAAGCAUAUAGGAAAGAUCCUAAUAAGGAUACACGAUGAGAACGAGCCGUUAGGUCUUCCUGUUCUCGCUUAUCCUCGAUUUUUCUGCAAGUUUCACAAGUCUUACGUCAUUUUAGGCGGCCUAGGCGGCUUCGGUCUGGAAUUAGCCGACUGGCUGAUUCUUCGCGGAGCAAAGAAUCUUCUUCUAACUUCGCGGACUGGACUGCGAAACGGUUAUCAGCGCUCAAGGAUAGAACUGUGGAAAUCUUACGGGGUGAAUGUGCAAAUUAUCGCGGGUGCUGAUGCGUCCGAUCGCAAGGACUGUACGUUCAUUUUGAAUUCUGCUGCUGAAAUGGCAUCGGUGGACGCUAUAUUCAAUCUUGCCGUGGUGCUGAAAGACUCUUUUUACAAGAAUCAGACCGCUGAGUCCUUCGAAGAAUCAUUUAAGCCGAAGGCAAUGGCCACAAAGAUGGUGGACGAGCUAUCCAGAAAGAUGUGUCCUGACCUCCGGCAUUUUAUCGUCUUCUCAUCUGUCUCGUGUGGCCGAGGAAACGUCGGGCAAACAAAUUAUGGUAUGGCCAAUUCUAUCAUGGAGAGGAUAUGUGAGAGGAGAGUACAGGACGGAUUACCUGGGAUGGCUAUACAGUGGGGUGCAGUGGGUGAUGUAGGCCUCGUGGCCGAUAUGCAAGAGGAUAACAAGGAACUGAUUAUCGGCGGUACUUUGCAACAGAAAAUUCAGUCCUGCCUUGAGUCGUUGGACACUUUUAUGAUACUAAAUCGACCGAUCGUGGGCAGUAUGGUCGUGGCUGAGAAGCGUGCGGAAUUAGGUGGAGUGAUGGACAUUUUGGAGACCGUAGCUAGUAUCAUGGGAGUAAAAGACGUGAAAACGGUCGGACAUCGUACCCCAUUGUCAGAGAUUGGUAUGGAUUCGAUGAUGGCGGUGGAGAUCAAGCAAACGUUGGAGCGAGAAUUUGAUGUUUAUCUCACGGCACAAGACAUUCGAAGUCUCACUUUCGAGAAACUCCGCAAUAUGGCCGACAAAGACAAGCGUUUCGAGCAGACUGAGAUAUUCGAUUCGGCAGGUGUAAAAUUUUUGAUUCAUUUAUUGAGCAGUUUAGAUAUUGUACCAGAUGUUUGCAUGGAGAUGACUACGAGAAAGGAGACGGGCAAAAAGCAGAUAUUUCUCCUACCAGGAAUCGAAGGUUGCGCAAGCACAUUUAAUUCAUUGGCCUCGAAAAUUAAAAGUCCCGUAACAUGUUUGCAACACGGAGCAAAUAAUAUUCCCAUGAGCGAAUCCGUGCUGCAGUCAGCUGCCACUCUAAUACCUUAUAUAAUAUCGAAGAUAGGGGAUUCUACAGAAUUCAUAAUAGUUGGGUACUCAUAUGGGACAUUAAUUGCUAUCGAGGUAAUGAGACUGUUGGAAGCCAGAAAUUUCACAGGAUAUUUAGUAUUAAUCGAUGGCACACCUGACUAUAUGAAAACUAUGAAAGAACAUCAUUUUCCUUUCACCAAUCUCCAGGAAUUUCAGAACAAUAUUCUCCUAAAUCUUAUGGAUUUAUUUUAUUCUAACGAUAAUAUAUCGAUUCUAAUAGAAUUGUCCAAGCACGACACGUGGGAGAAAAAGUUGGAUGCUUUUAUCGAAUGUCUUCCAGACGAUAUUAUACAAAUGACUUUGGUUGAAAAUUACAAGACUUAUUGUACGACAAUUUAUAAGCAUCUGAUCGCUGUUCACGAGUAUAAUGCGUCUUUACUGCCGCCACUGAAAUCACAUAUAUUGUUACUAAAACCCACAAUGCCGUAUUUACUUUCUGCGGAUGAAAAUGAUGGCUUGAACAAGGUAUCCUUGAUGUAA